CGUACGACCCCGUCAACAGUUUUCCGCUUUACUUACCUAGCGGAUAUUCUUUCAGUGGUACCGAUUGGCAGGAGCUUCGCUCCAUCGUUCGAUGCGGACAGGCAUGACGUCAGAGCGACGUUUUGCGGUGCCUGGGGAGGUGAAAAAGCGUCUCAACGAUUUACAAGUCGUGGUGCUUGGACAAACGAGAGGUACAACACUCUCUUGUCAUUGAACUAUCAGAGCAUACGAGAACGAAGAGCAAUUGACAGUGCGAUUGAGGAUUACUUGCACGACAUGGCGCAAACCAGGAGCACACCGGCGCGGAAUGUCAUCGUCUCGGGCGGCGCGCGAGGGAUCGGGCGAGCGAUAGCACGGUAUUUCCUCGAAGCGGGCCACCGCGUCUACAUCUUCGACAUCAUGGAAGAAGAGCUCGAAUAUACGGUGAAGCAGCAUCUCAAGAAGCACUACGACGCAGGACGCGUGCAAUCGUCCGUCUGCAAUCUGCGCGACGUUCAAGACAUCCGCACCAAAGUCGACCAAGCGGCCAAGUUCCUGGAUAACCGCAUCGACGUGCUGAUCAACAACGGCAGCAUCGCGUCGCCGUACUGGAAAGAUGGCAAGACCAUGGAGGAUCAGGCGACGUUUGAAGAGUGGCAGGCGUACAUCGAGACGAAUCUGACCAGUCCGUUUGCGACAAGUCAGGCGGCUAUCCCGUAUAUGAAGACGGAGCAGAAGGAUGCCGAGACGGGUGCGCAGAAGCUGGGAGGAGCUGGGCCUUGCAUUAUUAAUAUUGGGUCGUUUCGUGCGCUGCAGAGUGAUCCAAACCAAGAGGGGUAUGCUUCGAGUAAGGCUGGACAGCUUGGUUUGACGCAUGCUAUGGCGGUCAGCUUGGGACAUUUGGGAAUCCGGGUCAAUCUCGUUGCUCCUGGUCGAAUAAAGGUGGCUCACGAAUCGAGAGAAGGUGAUGAGAAGGGGGAGAACUGGGAGAAGCAGGUCUCAGAAAAGGACGUCGACGACCACCCUGUCAACCGUGCAGGACGCCCACGAGACAUUGCAGACGCCUGCUUGUAUCUCAUGGAUGCUGCGUUUGUGACAGACAUUACCGUAGAUGGAGGGGCAUCGCGCCAGAAGUGA